GAACUCAGAGUUUCUACCUGGAACACACUGAUGACAUCCUCUCUUUGACCGUCAACCAGCACCCGAAAUACAAAAACGUCAUUGCCACUGGACAGAUCGGCACCACUCCGUCCAUCCACGUGUGGGACGCGAUGAGUAAACAGACUCUGUCCAUCCUCCGCUGUCCUCACACUAAAGGCGUCGGCUACGUAAACUUCAGCGCCACGGGAAAACUGCUGCUGUCUGUCGGAGUGGAACCUGAACACACCAUCACUGUGUGGCGCUGGCAGGAAGGAUCGAAAGUGUGCAGUAAAGCCGGACACCCGGACCGGAUCUUUGUGGUGGAGUUUCGGCCGGACUCGGACUCCCAGUUCGUGUCUGUGGGGAUUAAACAUGUGAAGUUCUGGACGCUGGCUGGCGGUGCUCUGAUGUACAAGAAGGGCGUUGUGGGAACAGUGGAGGACGGCAGGAUGCAGACGAUGCUGUCUGUCGCCUUCGGUGCUAAUAAUUUGACGUUCACUGGAGCCAUUAACGGGGACGUAUAUGUGUGGCGAGAUCACUACCUGCUGAGGGUGGUGGCGAAGGCGCACACCGGGCCGGUCUUCACCAUGUACACCACACUGAGAGACGGUCUCAUCGUCACCGGCGGCAAGGAGAGGCCGACUAAAGAGGGCGGUGCGGUGAAGCUCUGGGAUCAAGAGAUGAAACGCUGUCGAGCCUUUCAGCUGGAGACGGGCCAGCAGGUGGAGUGUGUCCGAUCUGUCUGCAGAGGCAAGGGUAAGAUCCUGGUGGGGACAAAGGACGGGGAGAUCCUCGAGGUUGGAGAGAAGAACGCAGCGUCCAACCUGCUGCUGGACAGCCACGCCCGGGGAGGUAUCUGGGGUCUGGCCGCUCAUCCUGCUAAAGAGCUCUGCAUCACCGCCAGCGACGACGCCACCAUCAGGCUGUGGGACCUCACUGACAAAAAACUGUUGAACAAGGUGUGUGUCGGCCACGCAGCUCGCUGUGUGAGCUACAGCGCAGAUGGAGAGAUGCUGGCAGUGGGGAUGAAGAACGGCGAGUUCCUUCUCCUCCUUGCCAACUCCCUGAAGAUGUGGGCCAAGAAACGAGACCGCAGCGUCGCCAUCCAGGACAUCAGGUUCAGUCCAGACCGGCGGUUGUUGGCCGUUGGCUCGGUGGAGAACACGGUGGAUGUUUAUGAUGUGAGCGGAGGACCAAGUCUCACCCGCCUGGUUUACUGCAGCGACAUCUCUGCUUUUAUCCUGCAGCUCGACUUCUCCGCUGACAGCUGUUAUAUACAGGUGUCCACAGGAGCUUAUAAGCGGCAGGUGUUUGAGGUUCCCUUAGGGAAGUUGGUGAGUGACCAGACCAUCAUCGACAGAAUCACCUGGGCAACUUGGACAAG